AUGGCGGGGGGCCGAAGGGGACUUGUGGCCCCACAAAAUACUUUUUUGGAGAAUAUUGUCCGACGGUCCAACGUUUGGACACUGUCCCAUAAGCAGACAGACACUAACUUUGUGCUGGGAAACGCUCAGAUUGUGGACUGGCCCAUCGUCUACAGCAACGAUGGCUUCUGCAAGCUGUCGGGAUACCACCGCGCGGAGGUUAUGCAGAAGAGCAGCACUUGCAGCUUUAUGUACGGAGAGCUCACCGACAAGGACACCACGGAGAAAGUGCGGCUCACGUUCGAAAAUUAUGAAAUGAACUCCUUUGAAAUACUCAUGUACAAGAAGAACAGAACACCUGUAUGGUUUUUUGUGAAGAUCGCACCCAUCCGAAACGAACAAGAGAAAGUGGUUCUGUUCCUCUGCACUUUCAGCGAUAUAACAGCCUUCAAACAGCCUAUUGAGGAUGAUUCUUCUAAAGGAUGGGGGAAGUUCGCCCGCCUCACCCGCGCCCUCACCAGCAGCCGUGGCGUGCUGCAGCAGCUUCAGCCCACCGUCCACAAAGGAGAGAAUGUCCACAAGCACUCACGCUUAGCUGAGGUACGCUUUUAUGUCCUCCAGCUCGGCUCCGAUAUCCUACCUCAAUACAAGCAAGAAACCCCUAAGACCCCUCCUCAUAUCAUCUUGCACUACUGUCUGUUCAAAACUACCUGGGACUGGGUGAUUCUCAUUUUAACUUUCUACACGGCCAUCAUGGUGCCCUAUAACGUUUCCUUCAAGACCAAGCAGAACAAUGUGACGUGGCUGGUGGUGGACAGUAUUGUGGAUGUGAUUUUCUUGGUGGAUAUUGUGCUUAAUUUCCACACGACGUUCGUAGGACCAGCAGGAGAGGUGAUAUCUGACCCCAAACUCAUCCGCAUGAACUAUCUGAAGACAUGGUUUGUGAUAGACCUGCUCUCCUGUCUGCCCUAUGACGUCAUUAAUGCGUUUGAGAACGUGGACGAGGAUUGGAACCACCGAGCAGUCACUCAAGGCAUCAGCAGUCUGUUCAGUUCUCUCAAGGUGGUCCGGCUGCUGCGUUUAGGCCGGGUGGCCCGUAAACUUGACCACUACAUCGAGUAUGGGGCGGCCGUGCUGGUCCUGCUGGUGUGUGUCUUUGGACUCGCUGCUCACUGGCUCGCUUGCAUCUGGUACAGCAUUGGGGACUAUGAGAUCAUUGAUGAAGAGACCAACAUUGUACGUGUGGACAGCUGGCUGUACAUACUGGCGGAGACUUUGGGAACGCCUUACCGCUUCAACAGCAGCGGCUCGGGCAAGUGGGAGGGCGGACCUAACAAGGACUCGGUCUACAUCACGUCCCUGUACUUCACCAUGACCAGCCUGACCAGCAUCGGCUUUGGAAACAUUGCCCCCACGACAGAUGGGGAGAAAAUCUUUGCCGUGGCCAUGAUGAUGAUUGGAUCUCUCCUGUAUGCCACCAUCUUUGGAAACGUGACGACCAUCUUCCAGCAGAUGUACGCCAACACCAACAGGUACCACGAGAUGCUGAACAGUGUGAGGGACUUCCUCAAACUCUACCAGGUCCCCAAAGGUCUGAGUGAGCGCGUCAUGGACUACAUCGCCUCCACUUGGUCCAUGUCCCGUGGAAUAGACACUGAAAAGGUGUUACAGAUCUGCCCUAAAGACAUGCGUGCAGACAUCUGUGUGCACCUGAAUCGCAAAGUGUUCAAGGAGCACCCAGCCUUCAGACUGGCCAGUGACGGCUGCCUGCGGGCGCUGGCCAUGGAGUUCCAGACCAUCCAUUGUGCUCCAGGGGACCUGAUCUACCACGCAGGCGAGAGCGUGGACAGCCUCUGCUUCGUCGUGUCGGGAUCACUAGAGGUCAUCCAGGACGACGAGGUGGUGGCCAUCUUAGGUAAAGGGGACGUCUUCGGGGAUGUUUUCUGGAAGGAAGUCACACUAACCCAGUCAUGUGCCAACGUCCGGGCUUUGACCUACUGCGACCUGCACAUCAUCAAGCGGGACGCCCUGCAGAAGGUGCUGGAGUUCUACACGGCCUUUGCAAACCACUUCUCCAGGAACCUGCUGCUGACGUACAAUCUCCGAAAAAGGAUUGUAUUUCGAAAAAUCAGUGAUGUCAAGCGAGAAGAGGAGGAGCGGCAGAAGCGCAAGAACGAAGCCCCCCUGAACCUGCCCCCAGACCACCCUGUUCGCAAACUCUUCCAGCGCUUCCGGCAGCAGAAGGAGGCCCGGCUGCACGUGGACAAGUCGGAGGUGGACGAGCACGAUCUGGAGAAGGGCCAGAUGUAUGUGGACACGCCUCCCAAGCCCAUCAUCGCCACCACCAGCAUCGUUACAGUGACCGAAAGCCCAGCCACGCCCUCCUCAUCCUCCCCUCAGUCAGGAACCCCGACAAAUGUAAAAGCUACGGACAAAUCCACACUGCACGUCCCGCCUCCCGUUCCUUUUAUCGCGUGCCGCACAGCAGAACCGGCAAAAGUCAAAGGAUGGGGCCGAUUUAAGGAGUCCAUGACCAAAGCAGACAAUUGGAACAAAGUAUCUAAAGCAGAAUCUAUGGAGACUUUACCAGAUCGGACCAAGGCGCUCGAAACACAAGCCACCUUGAAAAAGACAGACUCGUGUGACAGCGGUAUCACCAAAAGCGACUUGCGAUUGGACAAAGUCGGGGAUUUACGUUUGACCCCUCAGGAGCGCAGUCCCGUUCAACCAGAUAACAAACAUACAUUUUACCCAAUCCCAGAACAGACCCUACAGGCUUCACUACAGGAGCUGAAGCUGGAACUAAAAGACGAUAUCAAAAACCUUUCUACACGAAUGUCUGGACUAGAGGCACAGCUUAUGGAAGCCCUCCAACUCCUCAAGGAAAGGAAAUCCAGCACUAGCUCACCACAACCUCUUUUUGAUAUUUCUAGACCUGCAUCACCAGAACUGGAAAAGGAGGAUAUUUUUUCAUGA